AUGCAACGCCUUACAAUCAUUUUACUUCUCUGUGCAAUUACAACAGUGGCUAUUGCUACAAGUUCAAAAGCAGAUUGCAAGAUUCCACACUGUCGAAUGACAUGUCCAUUUGGAUACAAGCUUGACAAAGAUGGUUGUGCUAUCUGUGCAUGCAAGAAAAGUCCGUGUGUUGACAAUAAAGUUCCACUCGACAAAUACUUCUGUGGAAAAGGUCCAAAUCGAAAGGAUUGUCCCUCGACUCAUCAAUGUGUCAUCGCACCAAAUAAUAGUUAUGCUGUCUGUUGUCCUCGGAAAUAA